UUUGGUUUUGGCGGGGGAGGGGAGAGAUUGCAUAUGACGGAAUCUCGAGAAACAUCCUAAAACUAUUCAAACCUAUUCCCUUAUUACUCAGUCUUACACUGUAAUCACAACUACAACCAAAAUAAUGGCUGGAAAGUUUGAACCUAAGGUUCCUGUGAACCUCGAUCCCCCAAAGGACGACAUCAUCUCUCGAGAAGAGCUCGCUAAAGCCAACGGUGCGGAUGGAAACAAGUGUUACGUAGCCAUCAAGGGCAAGGUUUACGACGUUACCGGAAACAAGGCCUACCUUCCUGGAGCUUCCUACAACGUCUUUGCCGGUAAGGAUGCCUCGAGAGCUCUCGGCAAGACUUCGACCAAGCCAGAGGACGCACGACCAGAGUGGCAGGAUUUGGAUGAGAAGGAAAAAGGCGUAUUGAAUGACUGGAUCACUUUCUUUUCAAAGCGGUACAACGUCGUUGGUGUUGUUGAAGGUGCUACGAACUUGGACUGACUAGCUGAGUGCCCUCCGAGUACUCAAGUCAAGUUAUAAAAGCUCCAUCUUCAUUCCAAUCUAUUCUUUUUGUGGACAAUAAGCAG